UUAAAAAAUUGCAAGAGAGGUAACAAUAGCUUUAUUACCCUUUUAAAAAUAACAUUGCAUUUUACAAGGUUGCUUCAAAUUAAAGAGGUACUCAAUUAUAGAUAACGGACUCAGGUAAUGCCCUCAGUCAGGUAAAACGCUUGUUACAGAUUGUCGUGAAGGAAAAUUAACUGCUCAAUAUGGCCAGAAAGUAAACGCUCUCUAUGCACUGUCACAUUUCUACCGGUAGAAAAGACUCUUUCACUAGGAACUGAAGUGGCAGGGAUCGCCAAGUACUUCCGGGCGAGUGCACUUAAAAGCGGGUACCUGAAGCGGCCAAUGGACUGCCACCACUCACAAGGAUUCAUGCCCCUUUCCAGAAGAGGCUUUUGCGCGUAGUCUGUAACUUCCCUCUCAGGGGCAGAUGCCAAAUGUGUCUUCUCUUUGUUCAUCACUAGAUCGUCAAAAGCAUUCCAUACACUCGAUGCCACCAGUGGACACGAAGUCGACGCUGGCACGGCGGUGUCCCCAUGGUGUUCCACGACGGCUUCCUGGAGCUCCCUUGUCACAAGGUUUUUCAGCCAGAUCAUCUGACCAGAUGCCUGAUGAACUGUGGCCAUAAAGCGCGGAUCAAGAAACAUGCCUAGGCUGGCCACUUCAUCAAAUUUCCACUCCGCACAAAGAGCCUUGAUACAUCUUGAAUCAAUGUUAGCAAACCCUGAGUUGCCUUUGCAGCCUUCAAGGCAAUGGGGCAUUCCAAAAAUAAUUGGAAUUAUAAAGCUUGGUGAAAAAGAAACCGAAACUGAUCAUGUCUCAAAUGCCUGAAGCAGAUAGACUGAAACAGAGCAUACAGAUAAUGAGCGGAUCAUGCGAAGUUCUCAGUUAAUAAACAUGUUCUUAGGAGAAUGCGGAGCAAGCAUACAAUUGGUUAAUUGCUCAAUUAUUCGCAGUCUAUCCGAAUAUUCGCCGUUUCCACCGUUAUUCGGCCGUCCUCGGAUAUUCGUGAAUUUCCGAACAUGCAUUUCUCGAAUCGAAUACGCUUCGAAUAUGGAAAAUAUUCGAUUCGUAUUCGAAAUUCCGAAUAUUCGCACACCCCUAGUUCCUUUCCUUCGAGCGCUUCCUAACCUUACGUGAGGCCUCCUUACAGCGAAGGACCGAUGGAGGAAGCAAGCGUACUCUGAAAGCUCCCUUCACCCGUCCUCACCUAAGGAGCGGUUGCCGCGUGCCUGGGUUCGAGAUUAUCUCUUCAAAUCUUUCCGCGAACACCAUUAUUCUAUUAAAAAAUGUUGUAUCGUCGCACAAUCUUUAAAUUGAAUAGCUAAUAUAGAGACGCGUGGACGCUUUCUUCUAGUUUCGUUUACUAAAGUUAAAAAAAAAGUUGCGCAUUACAGUGCAAAACUUGAUGUGCUCCAGCAACGCUGGCACGCCGGCGUCUUGCAACGCCUAGCAACGCCUAGCAAUGCUUGCAUGCCGCACGCGUGACUGAAACGAACAUGCCUGGCAAGACGUACCGUGCUCGCUCUUCUCCGCAGGUGGGCGACAGUGCGCAUGCGCAAGCGAAUGCCACGUGGUUAAGCAGUGAGGUGAAGCGCUCGUUCAGGGCCAGGAGCGGCGUAAGGACGCAUGAAGGUAGCUUUGGAGCUACCUUAUGCUGAGGAAGCACCAAGGAAGCCUUCACCGAGGGCCCCUCAAAGCCAUGCAGAAGGAGCCUCUGCUGUUGUUGUUGCUCUUAGCUACAGUUUUGGGAGCAGCCCGCGAGAGAGAGCAGAACGUCACGGAUGCAAUCUGCGUGUUUCAAGUAGGCAAUGCAAGCGGUUACGUUUCUUUUCACCAGGAUCUGAACAGCAUGAAUGUGACGCUCCUUGGCAACGUAAGCAACAUACCGCAAGGGAAGCAUGGUUUUCACGUUCACGAAUACGGCGACCUGUCGAAUGGUUGCUCGUCGACAGGCUCCCACUAUAAUCCAAACAACAAGAGUCACGGUGCUCCGUAUGACGGAGAUCGUCAUGUAGGAGACCUGGGAAACAUCGUAGCAGACGAGUGUGGUGUCGCAGUAAUUAAUCUGACGGACCAUCUGCUGACUCUAAACGGCGAGAACUCCAUCAUUGGCCGCGCUGUUGUGGUGCACGCGGACGCAGAUGAUCUCGGCGUUGGCAAUCACAGUGACAGUAAGACAACAGGUCACGCCGGAAGGCGCCUGACUUGCUGUGUCAUUGGGAUUCGGCCAAAAUCCAAGAAGUAA